AUGUCGUUUAGAUUUAAUGAGCAGUUGUUCCGAGACCCGUCGUUCAAUUACAAAGUGCGCAGCAAGCUGACUGCGGUGUUGAGCAAGGCGUUGGGCACAAGCGCUGCCGCGGGUGUUCCCUCUGCGCAGAGUGUACGCGGGUCCUGUGUUGGUGACGACAGGGCCCACAGGGCGGGGGCCAUGAAGCCAUCGGAUAUACUGAAGAGCGACGUGAAGAUCAACAUGGUGGACUUCCCGACGGUGCCACAAGUGGAGAUCCUGGACUUGGAUAUUACGACGCAACCGCGGUCGCUCGUCAAGGGCAUAUGCAAGCUGUCCUGCAGGGACGCGAAGAUACAGCUGGAGACCGUCAUCGAGGCUAAUUUGAUGAUGGUUGUGUUGGGGGAUUCGCCCGAGUUUGUCACGCCGCAGCUCGUCGAAAACUCCUCCUUUAAAGUACCCAUCACGAUGACUUUCUCAAACGUACGACUCGAGGCGAUUACGAACAUCUUCAUGAGGAACUACGGCGUCAGCAUUUCCUUCAACGACGUCAGUCUCGACUUUGACUUCGACUGCUCGAUAAAGAUCUUGCAGACAACCAUAGAGAAGCGGCUCAAGGAGUCCAUGCACACGCUGUUCAAGGAGGUGCUCCCCUCGGUUAUCUUCAACACCUCGCAGAACUGGUUCCACAACAACGCGGCCAAUUCUCCUGCGGAGAACUUGGCCAAGACGGUACAGGGACUCACGGAACAGACCGCACCUUGCGUGACCUUCGACGAGACGGACUUCGCCGAGUUGUCUCCGAAAAACAUGCUGCGGCUUUCGACGAUCGUUUCCUCGAGACACACGCUGUCCCUGCAUGGAACGUCCGAGUUGCAUAAGAUGGCCAACAUAACAGGGUGUCUCGAGAAACAGAAUCUGUACAGGUUCAUCUCCAGGAUGCCGUCGCUGACAAACUACUACAUGCCAUACUAUCGUCUCUCAAGGAUAAACUAUUCGCAAACGGGGAACAAGGACAACUUGCUCCCAGAGGUCGUCCUGCGAGAGAGGAAGUACGACUUGACCACGAUAAUAGAUAUUCAAAAUAAGCUCUACGAGAGAAGCUACACGGAUGACUCGAAGGACAGUGUCAAGACCCCGCGCAGAAGAGUCAUCAAGCUGGGGAAGAAGAAACGUCAAAAUGAUGAUACCGUAAAACAAACGAUGCAGCGCACGCCAGCACCUACGGCGCUCAUGAAGAUACCGACCACGCCGUUGACGAGCAGGUACUCGUCUCCCGAGGCCGUGCAGGGACACUUCCCGAAGAGCUGUACGCCUGAGUUGACACGGCCACUGUACGGCGACCUACCUCUCGAGGAACUCAUAAUCCCAAAGGCAAAGGAGAAGAUAACCCCACCAAGGCGGAUCAGCAGCCCGUCAGUGACAAACUCGAUAUACUACGUUGGGAUAAGCAAUAGCACGGGCCACAAGUGGGGGAGCCAGCAUUAUCAACCUCACAAGCAGACGGUCUCGCCCACGGUGUCGCCGCCCCCAUACACCGUUGCCCAUUGA